UUUUCCCUUCUUUUUCCGUUUUCUUCAUCAUCAUCAGAAACUCAUUUCAUCUCUCUCAAAACCCACCACCGUGUUCCACUUCCCCGGCGUCCCUCCGGCCACCACGAUUGUCGAAAUAAAAAACUAACACCAUUUUUGAAUUCGUUUCCCCGCCCAUUUCAUCUCUUCCCUUCUUCAUGGAAUAAUGUAUGAUAUUGCUAAACAUUACAGCAAUGAGGAUUACUAAAACAGAAGUAAACUUGAAGAGAUUGCUUGCAGCUGCUCCUCAGCAGCAAAACCAAGCAAAACUUGUACAUUAUGUUGCUACUUUGCGUGAACAACUGGAACAAUUGGCCGAAGAGAAGACACCAGAAGGCCUGCCAAGGAUCUCAAAGGCUACAUUGAAUGAUUAUUCAGAGAAGAUUGAAGCCAUUGCUUCCAAAUUGGUUCAUGUGUCUGAAAUAGAAGUAUAUGGGAAGGACAUUGAAAUAAAUGUUCAAGAAAACCCUUCUGAAAUUGAGGAAGAAAAGCCGAUGUCACCUUCUUCUGGAUUGCGAAGAAGGCUUGUAGCUGCCUCAAGUAUUGAACAUAGAGCACAUGAGCCUGCUGAGACCGAUCACUUAUCGUCGGUUAAACUGGAUGCUGAAGGACAUGCACAUAUUGAAAAGCACAGAAAUCUUCAAGAUGAUUUGACGGAUGAGAUGGUCAUGUUGGCAAAACAACUGAAAGAGAGUAGUCUCAUGAUGAGCCAGUCUGUGAAAAAUACUGAAAAGAUACUUGAUUCUACUGAGCAGGCCAUUGAACAUAGCUUGGCAAGCACAGGUCGGGUCAAUGUGCGAGCAAAUACAAUAUACUCAGAGAGUUCCAAGACUUCUUGCUUAACGUGGCUUGUGAUGUUUGUAAUGACAUUUGUAUUUGUCAUGGUUAUUCUUCUAAUCCGUGUCACAUAGGGUGCAAUCUACAUUUCAUUUAAAUGAAAAUUAGAUAUAAAGUUCUAACCUAGGGGAAGAGCUAAAAGGAGAUAAAUUUAUGUUCAAAUUUGUGCCAAGUCAAUUUAUAAAAAACGGGAUUCUUUGUCUA